UCUUCAUUGCGGCUAUAUCCACGAUCGGGCAAGAUGGCGGAAGAGUUGUUGCGCUCUUUGUACUGAAAGUCGUUCAUAAGAACUUUGAACUCGACUUAUUUCCUUGUUUACGGGAAUCGUAAAGACUACGUAAACUGUUGAACUACUUUGGAACGAUGUUGUCGUUUGCGAAGCAGUUUGUUGGUCGACUGAACAUCAUCCUUGCCUUAUUAUUGUUCGUUUGUGUCAGGAAUUUUGUCGAUGGAAGUCUCUACGAUGAAAAACAAUCCCCGGAAUACACAGAGGCCAAACUGAAUAUAACGUAUUGUGAUAACUCUGGGAAGAAAUGCCAUAUAAAACCGUAUGAUGGAAGUGGGAAGUUUGGAAAGCAUAGCCCCAAACACGGCUCGAAAGGCUGGCUUUAUACCUUGGUCGAAAACAACGUGAACGGCUGUAAAGAAUUUAAUGUGAAUGUCGACAAAAGUCCAUGGAUUGCCCUGAUUGAAAGAGGAGUGUGCAAUUUCAAGGAAAAGAUAAGAAAUGCCUACAAGCACAACGCAACUGCGGUGAUAAUAUACGAUCAUGAAGACCGAGAUGACGAAAUUAUAAUGUCACACGACGAUGCUGAUUAUCUAGUUGCCGUGAGUAUAACGAAGACUCUCGGCGAAGACCUAGCCCGAGCGCUUGUGAACAGAACCAAGGCUGUGUAUGUAGAGAUAUCUGUUGGCGCUAGCCACAGUAAUAAAUGGGUCAAUCCGGCCUCGGUUCUUUUCGUUUCGGUUUCGUUUAUCGUUUUGAUGGUCAUUUCACUCGCUUGGCUGGUGUUCUACUACGUACAAAGGUUUCGUUAUGUGCACGCACGCGAUAAAACCGAGAAACGUCUGACUUCAGCUGCCAAGAAGGCUAUUGCAAAGCUCCCUACACGUACUGUUAAAAAGACUGAAGAUGAUGAAACAGACAGCUGUGCAGUGUGCUUAGAUGGUUACAAAGCUGGUGAAGUUGUCCGUAUACUUCCUUGUCAGCACGAGUUCCACAAGAUGUGUAUUGACCCAUGGCUGGUAGAGCACAGGACCUGUCCCAUGUGCAAACUCAACAUCUUAAAGGAAUUGGGUGUGGCCAGUGAUGAAUGUCGCACUCAGGAUGUGGAGGUUGGAACUUCUGAGAUUCCAGAGGAAGACCAUCACACUUCGGCUGAUAAUCCUGGUGUGGUCAUGAAUGAAAUUGAACCCUCUGUCAGUGAAAGGAGGCCAAGCUCCGACACUUCAGAGAGCUCCAGUGUUUCUGGAUCUGGUCGUGUGCUUCAUGUAAGUGCAGAAGUGAACUGGGAAAGAGAAGAUCAGUCCAGCUCGACAUCAAACUUGGUUGAACAUCCUAAUCUAAGGGCUUAACAAUGUCAGCCAUCAUUUCUUAGAAUUGUAUCGAAUCAUGAUUACCAUACUCAGAACUGGGGUGCAUGUAAAUAGAUAGGCAUCGUAGUUAGUAGCUUAGUUUUAACUGGAAGGACGCUGUACAUGCAUGUCCGGGCAUGUGUAGUAGAUAAUCACUGCAAAUCAUAGUUCAGUCAUCAAUGUCUCUCUCCAAGUCAGAGACCUGCUAAGGCAGACAACAGAGCUGGCACCAAUCCUGGUUACAUUGAAGGGAGAAUUUUUUUUCUUUUUUAUAGUGGCUUUGUUGCUUCCAUUGUUUUGUUUAACAUCAACAAUGUUCUUUUUAGUUUGCGUUUGUGCCUCCCCCAGUUGUAGCAUGUAAAGACUAAUAUAAUUGUAAUACUGUAUUAGACCUUUUUUUUAUUUCCCAUGUGUCAAGUACAUUCAAUUUGCCAUUUUUGAAGCAAUAAUUGUUUUGCUGCUAAAUUCUCCUUUAUGGUAAGUGUCAUUUAUCUAAAUGGUGUAAUGACUGAAGAUUAUUUGCAGCUGGGUGAACUGUUUCUUAUUCACCAAAACAGGUUAAUAAUCUUAGAACCAGAAAUCAGAUCGAUAAAAUUUUCUAAGGAGAAUUAUUGAGAAAAGUGUCUCUAACUGUAAUAAAUUUUUGCAUUAUUAUAAUUUAGCAUUAAAGGGUAAGAAAUAUUAUUUUAGGAUGCUUAAUGUGAAUUUAUUUAAACCUUAUCCAGUAAUUGUACUAGUUUUGUGGAAACAUCAGAAACAUAGAUUCAUGUACAGAUUUAGGUCAAGAUAGCCGAAAGUCAUGGUCAUAAUGUAGUUGUUUUGCAGUCUGUUUUGUGUAUUUUUAAUAAAGCAAUAUUAGAUGGAUACAAAGAAAACUGGAUUUCAAUGAAAAAUAUUCUGUACUGAGUAACAGAACUGUGUAUUAAGAGUUCCUAUUAAAUAGACCCAAAAUAACUUAAAAGAUUGAUGUAAUCAUCACUUCUAUGCAAUUGCAAGUCCUCUGUCAGGUUAGGUGAAUUUGAUUUGACUAUGAAAUGAAUGCAAAUUCAUGAACCUUCUGGAAAAGUGUAUACAUUGAUAACAUCCAUUGUGAAAACUUAUCCAUUUUUCUGUGGGAAUGUGUUAAGUUCCAUAACAGUACAAAGCAGUAUGUUCUGGGUAAGCUUGCAGACUGGCUGAUUCUGAAGGAAAAACAGUCAAUUUUUUACCAGUCCAUGUUGUGAAAGUCCAUCACUGUAAAUCAUUAGAAAGGUUAAGUGUGACAUUUACGACAAAUGGCAAAUGACAAACAUUUUUGCUGUCUGUCUUCAGCUGUUUGUAGCCUGUGUACAGCUGCCUGCUCCCCUCAAAAAAAUCAGGGAGGGGAGGGGGCAGCUGAACACAGGCGAGCAAAAAUAUUUUUAUUUGCAUGGAAUAAUACAAGAGGUUUUAACGUAUUGAUCAAGGUUUUAUUUUUAUGUGAUUUAAGGAUUAGAAGAAAAGAACACAAAAAGAUCAGAUGUAAUUUUCGUCAAUUGCUGUAAACAUCAUACUUAACCAGAAAACCUCCAUUAUUUUGACUGCCUCGAUCUCAUUCCUGGCACUGCUUCACGUUGUAUUGCUCCAGAAAAUAUCCGUACCCCACCAGAGAGGAAUAUCUUGAUUAAAUACCCACCCACCCUGCGUAAAUCGCAGUUCAGUUGGAUUUUGAGACUCUCCCACCCCCAUUAGAAUUUCAGAAUGCCAUCUAGAGUGGGUAGGGAUGCUUUCUGGAACCACACAUUUUCAUGCUCUUCACUUCAAGUGAUGAUCCCAAACACUGCUAUAUGUGAGCCCAGCCAAAACUCUGAAAAGUUUGAAAAUGUGAUUCUUGAAAAACCUUUAUGUAAACAUCACAUGUGAUAGGUUAUAUUUUGAAUUUUUUGAAGAAAAUGACUGUAUGUACGUGUAGCUAAGUAUUAUGUUAUGUUAUGCCCGAGUAGUGAUAUUGGUUCAAGCAAUGAGAUAGCUCCAGAAAUCUUGAAUCAGAUGUAGUUACCAGUAAUACCCUAGAAGCCAUGGACUCAUAAACGUAGAAAUUCUCCUUUCUGUUCAAUACAUGCAUAUAUGGAAGAAUUCUGCAACAUUGGAUAGUUUUAGGACAUACUCUUCAUUAUUGUUUUGGGCAGAUCUAGGGGGGCCUAAAUUGAGAAAGAUGAGACUAAUACAUGCUGACUAGGCCCCAGAAUGCUGGAAAUCCUAUUUUUGAAGACCUCAAUUGUACAUUUUCCAGGGGAGGAAGCCCCUGGACCCCCUAAAAUCCUGUAUCUACCCCAGUUGUUUUAUCAACACUUUGAGGAGAACUUUGAUGCUGAUCAGUCUAGGGGUAAAGGAUUUUGAGUAGUUUACUGUGAAUUCUUCCUCUGUGGUAUGUGGCUUGUAGAUAAACAAGGAUCAAGAAAGUGUUAUUUUACCUGUUGUCCACAGAAUUGUGAUAAGUCUUGUAUGCUAAAAGCGAAUAAAUGUACAAAAUGUUUGGUAUUCA